AUUUGUAAAUUACAAAGUUAUAAUGUGCAACAUGGAGCCAAGAUUCUUACACCAAGUAUUCAUCAAUUUGUACGGACUGCAGUGUAGCCAUACCUAGAAAUGUGCCACAAUUUGCCUGAGUGGAAUAUUGUGUUUGUUCCCAACAUCGGAUGGUGGAGAAUUUAGAAACCGGAAAUGAAAUCAGUAUUGUAAUGGUGGGAUGUGUCUGCAAGUAAAAUGGGAUAAAACACCUAAAACUCUUAGUGGAUUAUUAUCUCAGUGACACAAAAACACUUUUAAAAAUGUCAAGUAACGUUCAGUUGAACGGGUGUGACGUAACUGGGUGGGGUUUCCGUACAGCUGACGGGGUGACGUCAUGGUCAGGAUUUUCCUCCUUCGACGUCGCAGGGCGGCGGAGCGGCAGUGAGCGACGCGACGCGGCGCGGAACGAAGCGAGCGGCAGCGAUAAUAUCCCCGGAGUUUUACCGCGGCGCAGCCGGAGCGCAGCAGGACCAGAGGCCGCCUCCACCCAGCAGGAAACCCCGGAGCCACGGAGCGCAGAGCCGGCCCGGGCCCUCGAGGACAGCGAGGAGCCACCGGGGUGUGGACCGCAGGAGCAGCCGAGGCAUCGCCGCUCAGCUUCUGCAGAGGAAGAGACAUCCGCUGCCGGGAGGGGGAGAGGAGCGUUCAGAGACGCCGGCAUUCAGCAACAGGAGCGGAAGAGGAUCAGUCGCUCCGGACUCGGCCGAGGAGAAUCAGGAGGUCCAAACCAGAGGAGUUACAACAACCAAGCUGUGGAUUUUUAGGUUUUAUUCCUUUCUGUGUUUUUGUAGGAGAGUGACGAGUGGAACAGUUUUACUCCGUCUUCUGCCUCAGAGAAGAAAACUCCUUUCUUCUCUCCUUUUUUCUUUGUGAAACUUCAUSCGGACAAACCUGAGACAAACUGGGACCUCAGGGGGAUUUUUUUCUUUUUCCUGCUUACUUGCGUCACUCUUUUCGAUUUCUGUUUGUUAUCUCCCUCUGCCCUUUCCUGAUAAUGUUUGUUUUCUCAUGAAAGCAAGGGGAGGAGGUUUCUGAAGAGUCUGAGCCAAGAUCUUGAAAAACUGUUUCAGUUGGUUUUACGAGGAAACAAACCKCAGCUUGKGUCCCCUCGUUGGAAUUUYAAGGAGGAAUAAAAAGGAAAAUGGGCUCAGAAAAGGGCUCCGAGUCGCCUCACUCAUCAGUCAGCGGCGUUCCCAACCCCAAGUGCCGAGCAGCUGGGAAACGCCAGGGCCGUAUCUCCUUCCACAGCCUCUUCCAGAGCAAGCGGGGCUCCCGGAGCGGACGGGCCCCCAAAGGAGGGGCGGCCGCUCCGUUAGCUCAUCAUCACCACGCACAGCAGCAGCUGCUGCCUGCCGCCUUGAGUUCAACGCCCACCGCAGCCUCCGCCACCGCCGCAGCCGCCGCAAAUGGCAAGGACGCAGCCUGCAGCACCCCCUUGAAGCCACUCUCCUCCAGCCAGCCGUCCCUGGCCGGCGCCGGAGAACCCACCCUCCUGGAGUGCCCGCUGUGCCUGGUGCGUCAGCCCGCCGAGCAGCUGCCCGAGCUGCUGGGCUGCAGCCACCGCUCCUGCCUCUGCUGCCUGCGCCAGUACCUGCGCAUCGAGAUCACGGAGAGCCGGGUGCAGCUCAGCUGCCCCGAGUGCGCCGAGAGGCUGGCCCCGCGGCAGGUGGCCGACAUCCUGGACGACGCCGCCCUGCUGGAGAAGUACGAGGAGUUCCUGCUGCGGCGCUGCCUCGCCUCCGACCCGGACUGCAGAUGGUGCCCUGCGCCUGACUGCGGGUUUGCGGUCAUCGCCUCAGGCUGCGCCAGCUGUCCCAGGCUGGUGUGUCGGAGAGAGGGAUGCGGCGCAGAGUUCUGCUACCACUGCAAACAGGCGUGGCACCCGAACCAGACCUGCGACUCGGCCCGGCAGCAGCGGGCCCAAUCCCUGCACACCCACAGCGGACACUCGCCCAGCUACACCCAGGAACAGGGGCCAGGUGAGUCCCCAAAAGCCCAAACUCUCUCCUCUCAGCCUCACAGGUCCAGUGACGGACCUGGUCACUGGUCCGUCACUGGGACCAGCUCUGUUGUUUAUAUGAGAUGUUAUUGUGUUUUUUUUUUGCAGAUCCACGCUCACUACGAGUUGAAGAAGGCGUCUCGCCACAGGAGGAAUCUGGCCAUCACGGGGGGCGUGGCCCUGUCGGUCAUCACCGCCCCUGUCAUCGCAGCCGUCAGCGUUGGCAUCGGCGUUCCCAUCAUGUUGGCCUACGUGUACGGCGUUGUUCCCAUCUCGCUCUGCAGAGGAGGCGGCUGCGGCGUCAGCCGAGGGAAGGGCCGCGGCGUGCGAAUAGACUUUGAUGAAGACGACGGACCAAUCACAGUGGCGGACGCGUGGCGAGCCCUGAAGUCUCCGAGUCUCGGAGAGAGCAGCCUGGACGGAGCGGUCAGCGGUCUGAGCACCACGUCCCCCAGUGAGGGCCUCUCUGUGGCCCCUGGGAAUCUGGGGGACACUCCGCACUUCAACACGCUGGCCGGCGGCGCUUUGGGGACCCGAACCAGCAAGUACAGCAGGCUGGAAAUUCAACCAGGGGAACUGGCUAAGGAAUCAGCCCAGAGAGAGACGGGAAGUCUGGGAGCAGGAAGUGACUGCGCCAGCACCCGAGGGAUGGCCGGAUCCAUCAUUUCCUCUUACACCUUACCCGACAGGGACUGCACCAACCUGGAGAUCCAGGUGGACAUCGAGACCAAACCCAGCCAUCUCUGCCUCACCAGUGAGGAGGACCUAGCUCCACAGCCGAGCUCUGCUGCCAUGGCGACUGCCUCAGGAGGGGAGGAGCCUCAGGACUGCAGCUCCAGGAGGGGCGGGGCUUUGGGACUGUCGCCAGGGGCGUCAAUCAGGGAGGGGCUCAGAGACGUGACCCUGGCCCAGCCGGAGAGCAUCCGCAGCGACCUGGAGAUGUCGGACACUCAGUCGGACGACAUCGCGGAGCUGACGUCGGACGACUGCGACUCGCCUCAUCCUAAAAGCUGCCAGCAGCUGCAGCCUCCCUCCUACAGAUCCCUGAACCCCCCCACCGACGGCCUUCACUGUCCUGCGGACAGCAACGUCAUCCUGUACGUCUGAGAGGCACAGCUCUCAGGAUUGCACAAAAACUGACAAAAUCCUGAACAUUUACCUUCAAACUUUGUUUCCUUUUCCUCCUGUCAUCUGUCAUCAGCUGCUUUAAGGUCUGAAACACAGACAGGUGUUUGUUUCCUCCCGUCUGUCUUAUCGAUCUACCGGCCAGCCUCCUUCCUGAGUAAAUGGUCAGGGUUCUACCUCUGAGAUUUGUUGUUUACUCCUUGGUGCAAAAUGCCUUGGCUUCUUAAGCAAAAAAAGAAAACUAUAAAAUGAAACAAAAAAGUACAAAUUUAUAGGAAAAAAUGCGAAAAUGAAAUGUUAACUUGGGGUGAAAGUUACCAAGAACAGCAGAAAGAAUCAGAUUGGUGAAGAAACUGAUGCGUGUUUGAAUGGAGACUUACAGCUGUUGGCUUUUUUCUGCUUCUGCUGUUUCUGCCACCAACAAAUGUAUUUUAUUUUAUUUAUUUAUUUUUGCAUCGUGCAUGAGUCUGCAUGAGCCAUUUCUCACCUGGAGGUUUUAAAAAGGCAGCGGGUUUCUCUUAUAGAGUUUACCUUUAGAGGACGAAGCCGCACUUGGAUGUCGCUUUUCCUGCCGGAAAGAGGAUGAGGAGGGUAGAGGAGGAAGGAAGGGAGGAAGGAAGGAGUGAAGGGUAGAAGGAAAGGUUCGCACACGCUGCAGAAACAAACAACUGAGAGAUCUGACGACAAUGGAGCAAAAAAAACUCAGAGCAAAAGAAACAUUUAUACAAAUCUGAACCAAGUCUGAGUCUAAGAUGAUUUUUGUAGAAACUACAAAAAUAGCCAAAAAUAUUUAGCUGAUUUUAUCGUUGCUUAAUUGUUUGAAAAUGUUUGUAGCAAAACUACUGAAUAGUUUUAUUUAAUUAAAAAGUAUAUUCUAGUAUCACAUAAAUCUGUAUCUUUAGUGUGACAAUCACAGAUUCUUCCUUUGUCUACUCACCCUGGACAAAGGAAACUAUUGAUUGUUCUCAAGUAUAAAGAUAUCGAUAUCAGUUAUCGGUAUCGUAUCUGAUGCUGUUUGUAUCCUUUGAUUUAAACUUACUGAAGACUCGUUAAACCAAAAAGUAUUUUCAGACAGAAAUAUUUACCUGAAGUACUCAAAAAACUUAUUUCAACGUGUUAUUGUUGAGCAAAUUAUUGGUCAUGACUGAAACAGAAAUAUCAGUAUUAGUUAUUGAUUAUUGGUAUCGUAUAUAUCAUGCCGUUUUGUAUCCUUUGAUUUAAACUUAAAAAAGACUUGCAAAACCAAAACAACUCCCUUUGAAAUAUUUAAACAAAACAAUAAAUUUAUUUGAAUAUAUUAUUAGUGAGCAAAUUAUUGAUUAUUCCUGAAUCAGGUAUUGUAAUAUUGAUAUCGGUUAUCAUUAAUCGUAUAUUGUGCCAUUUUGAGAGGCGUCCUUUGAUUUAAACUUUCUGAAGACUAAGAGAAAAAAUUCCCUUUUUAAACAGAAAUAUUUAUCUAAAACAAACAAUAAACUUGUUAAAACAUGUUAUUGAUGAGCAUUAUUAUCGGUAAUUGCUGAAACAGGUAUUGUAAUAUUGGUAUUGGGUAUCAGUAUCGCAUAUCGUACCAUUUCAUGUCUUCUGACUUACCCUUAAUGGAGACACGCUAAACAAAAAGAAAAAAACUUUUGGACAGAAAUAUUUAAGUCAAACAAAUUUAUUGAAAAAUUUUAUUAUUGAGCAAAUGAUUGAUUAUUGCUGAAUCAAGUAUUGCUAUAUCGGUGUAGAUAAUCGUCCAAUUAUCUGAGAUGUUGUUUAAUUUUAACUUUCUGAAAACUUUUAAAGCAAAAAAUAAACCCUUUAGUGAAGAAACAUUUACCUUAAACAAACAAUAAACUUAUUUGAGCAGCUGGUUUAAAUCAUUUCUCAUAAAUUCUCAUUUUUUAGGUUAGGUUGUUCACAUAAUGCAAUAAAAAUCACUUUUAGCUAGAACCUGAACUGUCCGGCUGCUUUCCACACAUUUCGUCCGUCAGAACUCUCUCUCACUUUGUUUCUGGUCCGUGUCGUGGUACCAGUCUGGACGCUCACUAACCAGCACAGCCCAGCUGGUUUUGGUGGUUCUUGCCUUGUAAAAUCGCGCCUGUCUGACCCAGUUUUAUGUGCAUGAAUGACAGAACAUGUGAUGAAUGUAUUUGUGCGAUCCACUUUGUCAUUUCUUUUGACUGAGCACUUGUGCACUUUAUCUGAAUGUCUUAUUUAUCUUUUUUAAUUUGCUUGACAUCAUCUGUUGCUGUAAACAUGUUUACUUGAGUGAAAAACAAAAGUCUGUGGUACAACCAAAAAAAGGAGCCUUUCUGUUGGAUGGAAUGAGAGAAACGUUUGCCUCCAAAACUUUCAUCACUCAGUAUUUUUGACCUUAAAUUGUAUUUUUUUGGUGUCUUUUUUUUUUUUUAUCAACGCUGUGAUGCAAGAACUAAGCAUAAUUUAUUAUUUUUCAUUCCUUUUUAUAACUUUGUGUCGCUCUGGUCAGCCAGUAUCACAUCGUUUUGGAGCCAAACCGUGAGCUUCUCUCAGUCACGGCUUGACCUGUUUCUUAGCUUUGGAUCACCUCCGUGCUUCUGUUUGAAAAGGUUCCCAGGAACCUUUUUCUUCAUCUCAGAGUAGCUUUAUGGAUUCUGCUGCUUACGUGACUUGGCGGUGCUGUUUCUGUCUACACACGUCACUGGUUUUUUGCCUAUCUUUCAGAAUAAACGAAUGUACCACAGACGGAAAACUGGGACUUCCUGAAAGAGUCCGAAUGAGUGUUACGUCCCUUUAGGAACACAGGUGGUUCUGUCUUUAUUUGAAAUGGUUUAUAGAUAGCAAUAUUUAAGUGUUAUAACUAAAGGAACUGUGUUUUGUUUUGUUUUUUUGUUCUUGUUGCUGUUAAAGCCUCGGUCUGAUGAGAGGCUGCACAUGCAGGACUGUGAGAGAGUGGAGUUUCUUGGGUGGGGGAAAUUAAUAAAUAAACACAAUUUUAUGUUGCACCAAA